UCUCGCCGUAGACACGUGUGUAGACCCGGAAGUGAAGACCACACGCUGACGUGCUCUAAGUCCGUUUGUUUGGAUCAGUUUGGACCGGGUUUGUUUCAUUUUCGAUCGGGUUUGGAUCAGUUUGGACCGGGUUUGGAUCAGUUUGGACCGGGUUUAGAUCAGUUUAGACCGUUUGGGUCAGUUUGGACUGGGUUUGGAUCAUUUUUGAUCGGGUUUGGAUCAGUUUUUGAUCAGUUUGAAUCGGGUCUGGGCCGUGUUUGGAUCGGGUUUCGCUUCAGUUUCAGUUCAGGUUCAGUUCUGGUUCAGAGCGUUACGUGAUGUCGGUCCCUGGGCAGUUUGAUGACGCAGACAGUGACCAAUCAGAGCUGUCGGCUGGUCAGAGUCAGAUGAGUGGAGUCGGCCUGCAGCCUCCAUCAGGAGCCGAAGAGGAAGAGGAGGAGGAGGAGGAGGAGGAGGAUGAGGAUGAGGAGUGGGCGUGGCGAUCAGGGAAUCUGACGAAGAGAUACAACAGGAUGGCUUUGAGCUGCCAGGCCAACAGACAGAAUCCCUCCAAUAAGACGCUGCCGUCCACCCCUUCUGACAAGGCUCUGAGGAAGUAUGAACACAAGAUCAACCUGGAUAAACUGAACUAUGCUGACUCAGUGAUCAACAAGGUGACCACCAUGCAGAGGCAGAGAGAGGCUGACACGUACAGAGUGAAGGACAAAUCAGACCGAGCCACAGUGGAGCAGGUUCUGGAUCCUCGGACUCGGAUGAUCCUCUUUAAGAUGUUGAGUCGAGGAGUCAUCUGUGAAAUCAACGGCUGCAUCAGCACAGGAAAGGAGGCAAAUGUUUAUCACGCCGGCACGGCAUCAGGAGACAGCCGAGCCAUCAAGAUCUACAAGACCUCCAUCCUGCUCUUCAAAGACCGGGACAAAUAUGUUAGUGGGGAGUUCAGGUUCCGUCACGGUUACUGUAAAGGGAACCCCAGGAAGAUGGUGAGAACCUGGGCAGAGAAGGAGAUGAGGAACCUGAUCAGGCUGCAGACUGCUGGGAUCCCCAGUCCAGAGCCGCUACUGCUCAGGAGUCACGUUCUCCUGAUGAGCUUUAUCGGAAAAGACAACAUUCCGGCUCCACUGCUGAAGAACACCUCUCUGUCGGACUCAAAGGCCCGUGAGCUGUACCUGCAAGUUCUGCAGAACAUGAGGACGAUGUUCCAGGAAGCUCGCCUCGUCCACGCCGACCUCAGCGAGUACAACAUGCUAUAUCACAACGGAGACGCUUACAUCAUCGACGUGUCUCAGUCUGUGGAGCACGACCAUCCCCACGCUCUCGAGUUCCUCAGGAAGGACUGCAGCAACGUCAAUGAGUUCUUUGUAAAGCGCGGAGUGGCGGUGAUGACAGUCAGAGAACUGUUUGACUUCAUCACUGACCCCUCCAUCACCCGCCACAACAUGGACCAGUACCUGGAGAAGGUGAUGGUGAUUGCAGCUGAUCGGACGUCGGAGCAGCGGUCAGAUCAGGACAGAGUGGACGAAGAGGUGUUUAAGAAGGCCUACAUCCCCCGAACCCUGACGGAGGUGAGUCACUACGAGAGAGACGUCGACCUGAUGAGGACAAAGGAGGAGGAGUCAGCCAUCAGUGGACAUGACGACAACGUUCUGUAUCAGACGCUGACUGGACUGAAGAAGGAUCUCUCUGGAGUUCAAACGGUUCCUGCUCUCUUGCAGGACGAACAGUCUUCAUCUUCUGAGGAAGAGGAGAGUGAGGAGGAGGAGGAGGAGGAGGGGGAGAAGCUGGAGAAUGAGGAGUCUCAGAUGGACAAAAAGGAGAAGAAGAAGAUGGUGAAGGAGGCUCAGAGAGAGAAGAGGAAGAGCAAACUGCCCAAACACGUGAAGAAGAGGAAGGAGAAGGUGUCCAAGACCAAGAAAGGGAAAUGACAACUUCCUGUAACUUUUAAUAAAACCUCAAAAAGUG